CGUUACAUUUUAUCCAUCACUUGUUUUAACAUACUAAGAGAGUUAUAAGAGGUUGAGAAAAAAAAAAUGGCUUCAAAGGCUUUGAUUCUGUUGGGUCUCUUUGCAAUUCUUGUCGUCGUUUCCGAAGUGUCUGCCGCAAGACAGUCGGGCAUGGUGAAGCCGGAGAGUGAGGAAAAAGUGCAACCUGAAGGUUAUGGCCAUGGCGGCCAUGGAGGAGGACACUAUGGAGGAGGAGGACAUUACGGAGGAGGAGGAGGCGGAGGACACUACGGAGGAGGAGGCGGAGGACACUACGGAGGAGGAGGNCAUACUAAGAGAGAGUUAUAA